CUUGCCUGGACGCAGAGUGCAAAGAGUAGAUGCAGCUUAGGAAGCUGAGAAAUGAAGAGAAGAGCAGAUAAGUUUUCAGAUAAGCCAUUUUGUGAACCGUGCUGCUAUACAUCCUACAAGCCACCAUGUUCUCCAGUGAGGUGUGGAACUCUUCCGAGAUGCUGAACGAUUCUUCAAUGAACUUGUCCUUGGAGGAGGUGGAAGAAGGUGAGCACCCUUUUCUGACUGACGCCUGGCUGGUGCCACUCUUCUUCUCGCUCAUCAUGCUGGUUGGACUCGUAGGGAACUUACUAGUCAUCUAUGUGAUCUCCAAGCACAGGCAGAUGAGGACCGCUACCAACUUCUACAUCGCUAACCUAGCUGCCACAGACAUCAUCUUCCUGGUGUGUUGCGUGCCAUUCACGGCUACCCUCUACCCUCUCCCUGGAUGGAUCUUCGGUGACUUCAUGUGCAAAUUUGUUGCUUUUCUGCAGCAGGUGACAGUCCAGGCCACGUGCAUCACGUUGACAGCAAUGAGUGGGGAUCGUUGCUACGUGACUGUGUACCCAUUGAAAUCUCUACGACAUCGCACGUCACGGGUUGCCAUGAUUGUAAGCAUCUGCAUCUGGAUUGGCUCUUUCAUUCUGUCCACCCCAAUUUUAAUGUAUCAAAGGCUUGAGGAUGGGUACUGGUAUGGGCCAAGACAGUACUGUAUGGAGCGCUUUCCCUCAAAGACACAUGAAAAAGCCUUCAUUCUCUACCAAUUCAUAGCUGUCUACCUGCUGCCUGUUCUGACCAUCUCAUUCUGCUAUUCCUUUAUGUUGAAGAGGGUGGGCCAGCCAACUGUAGAGCCUGUAGAUAAUAACCACCAGGUGCAUCUGCUCUCAGAGAGAACCAUUUCCAUCCGGAGCAAGGUUUCCAAAAUGGUGGUGGUCAUCGUGGUGCUCUUCACCAUCUGCUGGGGUCCUAUUCAAAUUUUUGUCCUCUUUCAGUCUUUCUACCCCAACUUUAAGGUCAAUUAUGCCACGUAUAAGAUCAAGACGUGGGCCAACUGCAUGUCGUAUGCCAACUCGUCUAUUAACCCCAUCGUGUAUGGCUUUAUGGGGGCCAGCUUCAGAAAGUCCUUCAGGAAGACGUUCCCCUUUCUCUUCAGACAUGCGGUGAGGGACAGCAGUGUAACUUCUCGUACAGUGAAUGCAGAAAUCAAAUUCGUUGCAACAGACGAGAGCAACACAGAAAGGAAAUGAGCAGCAGGCAGGAAAGAGAAAUUAGUACCUUCAUCUGCACAAUAGGCAAAUGCUUAAUUGCUGGCACAUCUUGCACCAAAACAAACUGAUGAAUUUGGAAAUGAAAUGAUUUCUUCAGGGAGCUCCAGUGUGCAUAAUAAGAAGAUGUACAAUGACAUGGAAAAGCACAUUUGCAUGUUGAUUUUUUGAUACGCACUUAACCAUUGUGAAGUGUAUCACAUGAGCAACAUGAAAUGAGAAUUACAUAAAAUGACAUUUAAUACAAUGUUAUAAGUUCACCUAAUCUGUGGCUGUUAGCAGUAAUAUGAAUGGGAUGUAAAUCAGUGAGGCCAAUAAGCUUUGCCAGAUGAAUGGAUGUUCUGCCAACAGGGAUAUGCAGGAACCUGCCAGAGAGGAUGUUAACUGAUGAUCAACGGAGACCCAUGACUCAUUGACUAAGUUGAAGAAGUAGGUUGCCGCCUAGUGAAACCCUGAUCAUUUUUAUGUUAAUAGGUGUUACUGAUGUUCUCAGUUUACCUCCUAAUUCAGCCAAGAGUCUUUUUACUUUGACAGCAAGUCUGAACACAUUUCAGUGCAUACUGCAAUAUUACCACUUACAGCUUUGGGUUGGCCGUGUUUUCACUCUUACUUAGUUUCCAAUGCUGGUAAAUGG